AGCAGUCUCUCGACCUCUCUGAACCGUUUCGUAAACAUGGCUGAUGAAGACAAAGGACUUACAUUUGGUCAAAAGAAGAAAUCGAGGAAAAGAUGUCUAAUAAUAAUAGCAGUCGUUGUUGUAAUAUUAGUUUUCCUAACUGGAUUUCUUAUCGGGUACUUUUCUCGCAAGACAUCGCCAUCGAAUGCAAGCAAGAGAGAGUGCAACCGGAGUGUUGCAAAAAGUACGAAAGAAUCGAGAGAAAAGGCAUUGGAAACCUUGCAAAACAGCAUUGAUGCCGCUCAACUUGAAGAAAACGUGAGAACCUUUUCUGAGCGGCCGCACAUUGCAGCCUCGGAUCGACAGAAAGAGUUAGCUGACAUGUUGAAAGACCGGUGGACCAGCUAUGGAUUUGACAAAGUCGAGAUGCCAGCAUACAACGUUCUUUUGUCAUAUCCCAGAGCUGAUAUGCCUAAUAAAGUAACACUGAUGUAUGAUAAUGGCACUGUGAUAUAUGAAAGCCUCGGAGAAGAGAAGGUACACGACGAAGCUGAGAAUGACACCAUGGUUGUCCGUCCUGUGCUUGGAUAUGCGCCUAAAGGAACUCAUGAAGGAGAGCUUGUUUAUGUGAACUACGGACGGGUUGAAGACUUUGAGAAGUUAAAAAWCGAAUUGAAUGUUUCAGUAGAGGGAAAGAUAGCAAUAAUGCGAUAUGGAAGRAUAUUUCGCGGUGAUAAGGUUGCUAAUGCAGCACGCUUCAAAGCAAGUGGAGCGAUUCUUUACACAGACCCUAAAGAAUAUGCACCUGAAGGUAUCACUCCUGACAAGGUAUAUCCAAAUGGUGUCUGGAUGCCACCAACAGGGGUUCAGAGAGGUACAAUUUACACAGCACUCGGUGCAGGUGUUGGUGACCCACAGACUCCCGUACUUCCGUCUAUCGAGGGUAUCUAUCGGCGACCGAUCAAUGAGAGUGAGUUACCCACAAUUCCUGCACAGCCGAUUUCCUAUGGUGACGCGACCUAUUUCUUAAAGCAUAUGAAAGGCGACGAAGUACCAGAUGACUGGAAAGGAGCUUUGAACAUAACGUAUCGACUCGGCCCAGGCUUCCAAGGUAACAUCAAAGUACGGAUGGACCUGCACAACGAGAUAACCARCAAGACCAUCUACAAUGUCAUCGGGACAAUCAAUGGCGAAGAAGAACCAGACCGCUAUGUUCUUAUUGGUAACCAUAGAGACUCGUGGGUAUUUGGUGCUGUCGAUGCGGUCAGCGGUACUUCAACAACAACCGAGAUUGCACGUGGUCUUGGGGAACUUCGCRAAACUGGAUGGCGACCUCGCAGAACAAUUAAGGUUUGUAGCUGGGCGGCUGAGGAAUACAGCAACAUUGGAUCCAGAGAAUGGGUAGAAGAGCACAGAGAAUUGUUAGAUCAGCGAGCUGUUGCCUACAUUAAUGUGGACGUCGAUGUUGAGGGAAAUUAUGCCUUAUCAGCCAAGUCGUCUACGUUGUUUAUGAACUUGAUAGUGAAAUGGAUAAAAAAGAUGCAAGACCCCAAUGCACACGAUGACAAGCAAACUGUGUACGAUAUCAUGGUUGAAAGAAAUCCCUCCAAAGACGAUGCAACUAAGCCUAACAUCAUACCCCUGACUUCUGUCAGUGAUUUCGCCCAUUUCUACCACCACAUGGGAAUUCCAUCGACUGACAUGACCUAUAAAUUUGGAUUCAAGAACAGAUUGUCAUCUUACCCCGUUUAUCACACGCAACACGAUACUUUUAAGUGGGUUAAGAAAUUUACUGAUCCUAAGUUUGAGUUCCACAAACUCAUGUCAAAGAUUCUUGGUGGAAUGCUGUUUGAUAUGGCGAACAAUCCCUUACUACCAAUGGAUGUCGAAACCUACAGUCACGUGAUUGAAAAAUCCUUUAAGUUCUUAGAGUCCAAAGAAAAAGCUCAAUUAGAAAACCAUGGCAUAUCUCUAAAGUAUUUGGCCAAGGCCGUUGCAAAGUUCACUAACGCCACGAAAGCGUUCAAUCAGUACAAGUCACACAUCGAGAAGAAUGUUGAGAGUGAGAGUUUCUCUUUACUGCGCAGGCUCAACGAUCAAAUGGUCAGUGUUGACAAGGCGUUUGUGUAUCCCUACGGGUUGCCAGGGCGACCACUGACUCGUCACGUUGCUUUUGCACCUCAAAGAUACAACGCCUACGGGGCGUCGAGUUUUCCAGGAGUCAGCGAUACCAUCUUCGAUGCUGAACGCGGAGGAAAGUGGUCUGAAGUGGAUCUGCAGAUAUCGAUUGUUAUGCAGGCCAUUUUAUCUGCAGCUGACGUUCUUCAACYCAUUCAUAUUUAGAAAAACCUGUUUUCGAUAGCACUGUGUAUUCUUGUGCGCUUUCCAUUUGAACUGGCUGGCCAGAGCCAGAGAAAAUGUCAUUAUAUAUCAUUCCCAUUUAGUUAGGAAAUUCAAACUUUCAAAUUCUAUCCAUUAUUCUACAGACAACCUCGAAAUGACUGAGAAAUGUUGACAAAAAGCAUUAUAUACCUCUAAAUAGAGUGGACUGGACGGUCAGUUCUGCCCAAAUGGAAAGCACCCCUAGUUGUCGCAAUAGCGACAAUGAAAGUUAUUUUGAUAACGUCAACUAUACCUCGACAAAAAAGGAGGUCUAGGAUUGGACACUGAGGUAUUGAUUGUUUCAGACAAUGAAAAAGAAUCAUAGCAAAUAUUUACUUCCUUCUUAGUGAACUUAGGCCUGAGUCGAACGCCAUACUUAAUUCUUCGACAAAAAUUCUGUUAAUUUUUUUUGUGACCAAGCUUUCAAGAGAUUUUAAAGCAAAAUACCGCUUGAAGUUGAAGCUUGAUAGUUGAUCUGAGCAUCGUCAGACAGCGAAAGCUGAGACCAAUUAUCAUAUUAAACUCCAAGCAGUGCCUGGUCACACUCGUAUUGCGUAUUUCUUUAUAUAUUCUUCAUACUGCUAAAUGAGAACUUUCACCGGUUUAUCUCGGCCUUUGGUCUUCUUGUUUGUAAGGGUUAAAUAAUUAUUGUUUCAUGGGUAAACGUUACGACUCAAAAUAAAAGUGUACAUUAUUUUCAGAUGAAAAUAAAAGUGAUUAGAAACAGUCUUAUUUUAAA